AUGUUGCAAAUGAUGAAAGGUCUCGAUCCAGCAAGAUAUCAACCGCGCUCUUACAUUAUUGCCGACACGGACGCCUUGAGUAAAGAAAAAGCUAAAAUGCAGGAAACAAACUUUGGUUCCAGCGCUGACCAGUAUGCUAUUCACCGAAUACCUCGCGCUCGUCACGUAGGUCAGCCCUGGGCAACCGUACCAUGGUCGUUGGCAAAAGCUGUUUUACAGUCAGCCACUGUAUUCUUUCGACAAAUGCCCGAUCUCUACCUUGGUAUCAAAGCCAUCCAAAUCAUCUACGUAGAAUCCUUUGCUCGGGUUCACACAUUGUCGCUGACAGGCAAGAUAUUGUAUUACUUUGCGGACGAAUUUAUCGUUCAGUGGCCACAGUUGUCCCAACGGUAUAAACGUGCUAAAUACACCGGGAUUCUUAUCUGA